UGAAUAAAUAACAGCAAUAGUUGUUUGUUUGCAUUUGGGCAGGCAGUGGUUUGAUUAAUAUUGUGGGCUAGUAACGGGUUACAAACGGAUAAUGUUGUUUCAUUGAGGGUUUCUCCGCCUUGUUUUGCCACUGUGAGUACAGUGAAGAGAUCCUUGUCACAAUGGUAGAGCAGUCGGACCGUGCUCCGCUGCUCGAUUGGGAAGAGGUUCCUCCGGCAGACACGACUGCUGUCGUACCGUCGCUGGACACCGAGAAUGCCCCGGAACAGAGCCCCGAAAAUCGCCGUGCUUUGGGCAGCACCGCGCCCGGCACAGGGUGGAGCACCAGCCCAAGUGCUGUGGCGGUAGCAGCUGCUGUUAGCGGGGAAGCUGGUGCGGUCCACGCUGGGCCGGGAUGGGAUGCCCAAAAUCCCGCGAAGGGGGACCACACUUUUCCCGGAUGGGAUGGAGUGUCAACAAAAGACCGAAGGGCGGAAGAAUGGGAGGAAAAGGACCAAAUCGUCGCCGUUUUCGUGGUGACAUUUGAUACAAGAUCAGGUAACAUGGUGGAAUGGUGUCUGCCUCAGGACGUGAACUUGGACGGUGUGGAGUUCAAAUCCAUGGCCAGCGGCUCCCACAGAAUCACAAGUGACUUCAUAUAUUUCCGGAAAGGCUGCUACUUUGGCCUGGCGUGCUUCGCCAACAUGCCAGUGGAGAGCGAGCUGGAGAGGGGGGCGCGUAUGAAGUCGGUGGGAAUCCUGUCCCCUUCCUACACCCUGCUGUAUCGGUACAUGCACUUCCUGGAGAACCAGGUCAGGCACCAGCUGCAGUGUCCGGGCCAGUACUCUCCACUCGAGGCUUUCUACGAGGACAAGAAAGCCCUGCUGCCCCCCGCGGGGAACGGCCUGAUCACCGCCUGCCCAACAAGUGCCUGGGGGACUGCGCUCAACCGCUGCAUGCACCCUGAGAUGAAGAUAACCCACCCAGCUGGCUGCAUGUCCCAGUUCAUCCGCUUCUUCGGGGAGCAGAUCAUGGUGCUGUGGAAGUUUGCUCUGCUCAGGAGACGCAUCCUCAUCUUCUCCCCGCCCCCCAUUGGAGUGGUCUGCUACAGGGUGUACUGCUGCUGUUGCCUGGCCAAUGUGUCUCUCCCCGGAGUGGGCGCGUCAGUGCCUGAGUUCCGCCCUUUUUUCUACAUCAACGUGGCUGACAUCACCGCCUUGGAGACGGAGUUGUCCUACGUAGCCUGCACCACCGAGAAGAUCUUUGAGGAGAAGAAAGAGCUGUACGACGUCUAUGUGGACAACCAGAACGUGAAGACGCACCGAGAGAGCCUGCAGCCGCUGCUUCGCCUCAACAGCGCCGACCGAGAGAAGUACAGGAAGCUGAGCGAGCAGAGGCAGAUGCUGCUGUACUCUCAGGAGGUGGAUGGAGACUGUAACUCCAGCGAGGAGGACCUGUUUAUCUUGUUCUUCAUGGAGCAGAACAACCGGAUCUUUCAGACGCUGUCGGAGGUGGCGGGAAGUGCGGACCCUACCCUGACGGCGGACCACGUGCGGGCCAUGGGGCUGGACCCGCAGGGAGACCGUGGCUUCCUGGUGGACCUGCUGGAGCUCUAUGGCAUCGAUGCCAUGCUAGUUAUCGACAACCCCUGCUGCCCAUAAACACACCCUCCUCCGCUGGCUUUCUGCCCCUGAGGUUUGAAGGCGCUGCCCCUGCCGUUGUCCUGGGACUUGGCGGAUACCCCUGCACCUUUGUGACAUCUGCCACGUUGAAGAGCUCCGAAACUGCCCUUUGACCUCUCUUAGAGAGUGCUACGACUCGUUUGUGCUGUGUGGAUUUCAGAAUCUGCCCCUCUUCCAACCUGCAUUGUUUCUUGAUGUCUCUGCUAGAUUUCUCUCUGUCUGUCUGUCUGUCCGGCCCACCUGCCUGUGUAUUCGCCGUGUCUCGCUCAGUGGAAAAACCCGGGGCGUCACAGAAAGAUAGGAGGUGUUCUCUUCAGCUCCACAACACCUGAACUCAAAUGCUGCUGUAGGGAAAGGCAGCAAACUGGAAAAAAGCGUAUUAGUGUUUUAUAUAUGUUUAAUGUGCCUCUUUCACCUGGACAGAGUACGGUUUGGACGCUUUCCCUUGGGAACUGAUUGUGUAAAAGACUAAUGACAGGACGCUCACUGCCGACUUGUAGGAAGAGCAUUGCAGUCAGUAGCCUCACUCACCUUCAGAUAGGACUUAAUUCAAGUUUUCAUAGUUUGUGGUUAUGCAUCAUCUUCUUUGGUCUACGUUCUUCUGGUGGAAAAAAAUGGAAUGACAGCAUUAAUCAUUGUUGUAUGUUUUUUCCCCCCACAGUAUUUUGCCAGGGCACUGCACAGUAUAGCUGCUGUAUUUUGAGCCUUUGUUGGUGAUUUGUCCAAAAUGUGUGUGCUACCAGCAACAACAGGCCUUUCAUCAAUGUGACCAUUAUUUUUCCUUGUUUUAUUCACUCGUUCUUAGGAAAGUGUCCUCCAUCUCGCUCUUUCAGGAGCUCACUGAGUGCGGGACAGUAGAAUAACAUUUAACUACCCCUGAGUGGACGGUCACAGCAUGUCACAAACCAGGAUGUUGGCAAACAAAGAGUGGAUUGCGGAGACACCUUCGGGUUUUCAGCGUGUGGCAUGCAGUCUCUUUGCAAUCUGUGAAAAGACUUGAACAAACAGAUGCUGUACUGUCCAGCUCUGUGCAGGGAAGGCGGCCAGACCGCCGAUGCACUUGGGAAACGGACGCGUUUAGGCAGAGAUGGAAGAGGACCGUGUGGAGGGAAUGAUGCCCCUCCUCUCGGAAUACGGUUUAUGUCUGAGAAUCUCUUAAAGGUAUUCCGUAUGCGUGUGUGUGUGUGUUUGUGCCUGAAUGAACCUGCCUGCAUACAUGAAAUUCCAACCUUUUGACAGCAUUCCAAGUGUGUGUGUGUGUGUGUGUGUGUGUGCGCGUGUGCGCUUUGAAUUGGAAACAAUGAAAGUGUGCACCCCCGUAAAGUCUCUGCUUGUAGUAAGUUUCCUCUUUUUGAUUAUUGGACCUUUAUUUAACAUUUAGAUGGGAAAGACAUGUAAAUAUAUGUAUUUAUUAAAUGCUCUCCACUAAAGAGGGAAAUAUUGGGAGAGGUUAAACUGGGAAUGGUUGUUAAAUAGUUUUUUGUUUUCUUUUGUGUGUUUUUUUUUUUUUUUUUACUUGAGGAUACACCUAUUGGUCCAUCUAUUCUGCCAACCCCCUAUCGCACACUGAGCAGCUGCACAGCUGGUGUAAUUAAGUUUUUGCUGGAUAUUGAGUGUGUUUUGUCGGCACAGGACAUUGCAAUGUGGAAAUUUGUGUUUAAUUUUGUAGAAUUUCUUUAUUCUGUUUAAAUAGGAAACAAUCUGGGAUAUCUAUGAAUGUGAUUCUGGCACCAACUAAUCAAUGAAUGCACCUCCAUUGAUUUUACUGGACUUCUGUUCUUUGGCUGCGUUUUACUUCAGUUGCAUAUGACUUAAAUCUCUCGCAAACGUAUGUGUCUAUGCAGGCAUAUAUGCUGAGCUGGUGUGUUGCGGAAGGGGAAAGAUAGACUUUCAGAGUGUGGUCUGUUUGUGCUGGAUUUUCUGUCUGUAAGAGCAAAUUUUAUUUCAUUUAAAUGAGCCGCACCAGCUUGUAGAUCAAAUGUGAUGAAAAUCGAAAAUUAAUUAUGCAGAUUGACAGCAAAUAGAAAUGUAGUCUGUCUUCAUCUCACAAAAAAUGCUGUUCCUUCUGCUCGAUGUUGGGACAAAGGGUUCUUUGUGGAGUAAGAGCCGGUUGCGGUGAUGUCAGUCCCCAGGACUGGAGGGCAGAUUAACCCCCUCCAGUGCAGACAGACCCCAUCUGUUGGCGCUGAUGGUCUCUCACUCUGAGGAGUCCUGCACUGUGUAACAGCAUAUAUAGGGAUGUAGGCCUAGGAUUUGGGUUUGAAAGGGGGGGUGUAAGUGUUCAAGUGGGGCCGAGACCCCUGGAAAAGCGCCCAUGGUGGACAGAGGAAGCCAAGCCAGCACUGUCAACUAAUAAAGAAAAAAAUAUGUGUGAAACAACUAUUUCUCUGUUGCUGGUGUGUAUUGAGUGGGCCUAGGUCCUCUGCCGUUACAAAGUGUUUUAAAAAACUUCAGCACGUGGGCAGAUAUCCUCAGGCUUGAGGUUAUUUCCAUAAUGCCACAUGGAGAAGGGGAAUGUCAGUGCCACUAACAGGACUGUGUAAAAUGCCUUCAUUGUGACAGUGGGGAGGGAAGAGAACACAUGCUCACAAUCUUGUGCUAUGGAAUGCACAAGUGUGUUACAGUCACGCUUCUGCACGAGGGGAUUGGCCCCUCUCACGUGACAUCACAGACCCUGUAUUGUCUGUAAUGAAUCCUCAGCAAUACAUGGAAAAACAGCAAAUUUAACAUGUUGAGUCUUGCAUGUCGCUUCUCAGCUAACAACAACCAUUCUUAGAUUUUACCCUACUCAUGCUUAUAGCUGCACUCAACCACACCUCUUUUCUAGC